AUGUCUUCACUUGAAAGUGUGUUGGAGUUAGCAGAAAGAAUAGGAUACAUUAGCGAACCAGAUCAAUUUUCAACAAAAGCGACAUCAUCUAUUCAUUUAGUCGAUUUGUUAGACGAAUUACUUUCUCUUCGCCUUCGAAGCGAAAAGAUCAAAGAAAUACUAACAAAACUCAAGGAUUCCGAACAAAGUUUUGAUUUGGUUAAAGAAUCUGAACUCGAAACAAAGAUUUCACUGCUAUCUGGUUUUAGUAAACACGUGGAAUCUAUCAUGACAAAUAAACAAGUUCUUUUAAUGAGACUUAAGGACCCUUUUGUUGGUGAACAUAUCGACCUUGAGCCAGAAUACCACAAGGAUUUCUCGGAAUUAUUCCCGGCAAUUGCACAAAGUAUUGCUUUGUUACCACAUGAUUUGAAAAGCUUGGAAUGGUUCGGAAGUCACACAAUUGCCGACAAGAUUAUAGAUUCACAAAUAGAAGAAAUAUCGUCCUUAAUUGCGAUGUAUGGUAAUUAUUCAGACAGUCUUGAUCGUGUGAGAAAAGUUUUAAAAGACAUACAAGUAGAGAUGAUAACCGAUUAG